GGGAUGGAGUCCAUCAAUGCUUGGAAAUUCCUUGUGCUUUUCUUGCGUCAGCUAGAUGUUAGUACCACCGCCGGGAUACGGACUGGGGCCUGGUCCGCACGUACCUUCUGCCUGUUUUCUUCUCAUCUUGUCGGCAUCGCUCUCCAUGCGCUUGGUGGGGUCACCACUCUUCUUCUGGGCCUUGGAUGCCUCGGCCUGCUUCUUCAAGUUUUUGGCUCUAGAAAGGUCUCUCUGGUUUCCUCUCGACAUGGUCAAUUGACAUGAAAAUCACCAUGAAUAAUUUCCGCACCCUUAUAUAUUAUCAAAUUUUUGCAUGCACCAUUCCCUGAUCGAUAACAUCCGCCUUCCGAAAACGGCCAGGCCACAAAUGCUCGUGGCCCAACAGCGACGGCUGCACCCACCACCAAAUGGUCCUUCCACCUCCGCCAUGCUCCCCUCGUUGCGGGUUGUGGCGGGGUCCAGCCAUUACCGUGGCACUACUUGGAGACUGGCAAUUUCCACCAGAUCCGCACCGGCCACGCUGGUACUACCGCGGUGAUGUCAUGGCGAGAACAUGUCUGCACGUUGGUGAUGCUCCCGCAAACCUGGUGGCCACUUCGGUUCCUGAUGCUCGCUACUAUUGUCAAAACCGUUUGAAAUUUAUCACCUACAAUAGCAACUGGCCAGAUCAGGCCAAGGCGGAAGCCCUCCUGCACAUGGCGUUACAUAGUCAACCUGGUUGUUAACACGGAUCCCGAUCUAUUGACGUUGCAUGUUAUCUUGUGAUGCCCAGGUGGAAUUCGAUGGUGUGGCAGGGUGGUGGGAGGAUAGCA